GCCGGGGCGGCCGGGAGGGGGCCGCCCUUCCGGGAAGGGCUGGCCGCGGGAGGAGGGGCCUGGCGGCGCGGGCCGCGGCGGAGGCGCUCGGAGGGCGGCGGAGCGGUGCGUGUUCGUGAAGCCGCUGCUCUGGCAAAUGGUGUAGGGCUGGUGCUGCUGGGCGCUCCCGGGCCGGCCCUGCGCCAUGGAGUUAACGCAUCGGCUGGAGCUGUUCCCUGACUGCGCCGUCACGCUCCUCCUCUUCAACCACGUGAAAAAUGCGGCUGCUCUAAGGAAAAAGGCCAUGGAAGGGUCCAUCGAAGGAGCGUUAAUAAACCCUGCCAUGAUUGUAGAUCCUUUUCAGAUUCUUGUGGCAGCCAACAAAGCAGUUCAUCUACAAAGGAUAGGAAAAAUGAAGACCAGAACUCUCAAUGCAGAAAUUAUUUUCAGCCUUUCACCAAACAACAAUAUUUCAGAUGCUUUUAAAAAGUUUGGCAUUUCAGACAGUGACACCGCAGUGCUCAUUGUUCUGGUUGUGGACAAAGAAAAAACUGUGAAUCUGGGAGAUAUAGUAUCUCAGGUAGAAGGCCAGCAGGUUUCUCUGGAUGAACUCCCCCAACUAACAGACACUGCCAGAGUUAAAAAGAUGUACAAAGUUACUCCGCAGGAAGAAAAAAUCGGCACCUUGUUGGAUAGUAUUGUUUGCAGAAUGUCAACAAAAGACGUUAUAUGAAAAUGUGGAAAUAAAAAUUUUUUAAAGGAAAAGAA